AUGCCACUCCGCCAGACCCUCCUCAACUUCUACCGGGGCCGUGUCGAGAACCCGAAAUCUGCUACGGGCACUUCCUCUGAAUCACGGCCUGUACUUGUUCGAACCCCCAGCUCGGCCUCGUCAGAAACAGACCCAGACACGAUAGUUGUGCUCCCUGAUCCGCCCCGACAACAACAACUCCCCACGCCGUCCGAGAGCUCGGUCGACGUGUCUGCACAUGAUGCGCAGGCAAUGACGAUGAAUGAAGUACCGAAAGGCCGCGCACGACGCGUCAGUCGCCGUCUUGCAAACAACCAAAGCCAGGCUGGUCUGAUUGAGCAGGUUCAGGAUGAGCUGGCCAAAGGUAGAUCUGUCAGCGGCGAGACCUUGGUCAACUUGGACAAUGCGAGCCAAUCUACUCUGCUGAAAGAGGGUGUUGCAGCUUUGGAUCUGCCCUGGAAUAUGAGUGGGGUGUUUACGGACAAAGGCCAUGAGGCCUUGCUCGCAGAGAAGAGCGCCAAAGUCAAUGAGACUGAGCAGAUGCCAGACGAUGCAGAGGACGCCGAGGAAGAGCGCAUUCGCAGAGAGAAAGCUGCGGCAAAGAAAGCCAAAAUGGACGAGAACAACAAGUCGUGGGAACAACGACGCAAAGCUGCCGACAAACAGGCUACGAGGAGGUCCUCAAGGGUUCCUGUCCUCGAGAAGGCUGGAGAACUCAUGUCUAGCUUUGCCAAUAGCGUGCUCGGGAAGAGGAAGGACCGCGUUGCAGAGCUUCACAACAGCUCGAGACCCGAAAGCAUGGGCGGCACGGAGUCUACGUCCGAAGAACCUAUACCAAAGAAGAGACGUGUGAGUGAAGGGGAUGCUCCUGUCCCCGACGAGCCUGUGCAGCCUCGACAGCCCGCUCGACGACGGGAGAAGAAAUGGCUCACCUCAGGUCUUUAUGCUGGUCAGCCUCGGACCUUCGAUGGGCGUCUCACCGAGAGCAAGAACAAGCGGAAGAGCACUACUGUCGCGGAGCCACCCAGGGAGAACAGAGUGCUGCCGCUGCCCAUGUUCGCCGCAGAACGUGUCUUGAAGCAAGGUCGGGAUUUCAAGCUCCCCUUCGACGUUUUCUCUCCCUUGCCGGCAGGCCAACCCAAGCCAGACGAGUGGAAGAAAGUCAACAAGAACGUCUUCGUGGGAGACGCUGCCCAAGCGUGGCGAGUCGACAAGUUCGAGGAGCACUCAAGCUGUCUCUGUAAGGCCGAGACAGGCUGUGACCACAACUGCAUGAAUCGCUACAUGUAUUACGAGUGCGACGACAAGAACUGCGACCUGAACCCCGAGCAAUGCGGCAACCGUGCAUUCGAGGGGCUCCGCCAACGUGUCAAGAAAGGCGGCAAAUACAAUAUUGGCGUGGAAGUGAUCAAGACGGAGGAUAGAGGCUAUGGCGUCCGAAGCAAUCGCAUGUUUGAUCCUAAUCAGAUCAUUGUGGAGUACACGGGCGAGAUCAUCACGCAAGAAGAAUGCGAACAUCGGAUGAGGAAAAUGUAUAAGAAUAACGAGUGCUACUAUUUAAUGCUCUUUGACCAGAAUAUGAUCAUUGAUGCUACACGUGGCUCCAUCGCUCGGUUUGUCAAUCACUCGUGCGAGCCUAACUGCAGGAUGGAGAAGUGGACGGUCAACGGCAAACCACGGAUGGCUCUAUUUGCAGGCGAACGCGGGAUCAUGACAGGAGAAGAACUCACUUACGACUACAAUUUCGACCCUUAUUCGCAGAAGAACGUUCAGGAGUGUAGAUGCGGCGCCGAAAAGUGCCGCGGAGUCCUCGGACCACGACCUAAAGAGGACAGGAAACAGAAGAGCCCGGACGUUGAAGUCAUCAAGGGUCGCAGCAAACUGGCUGGAGCGAAGAGAAAGCUCGCCGAUGCUCUAGAAGGAACGACAAGUCGAGUCACGAAGAAGAUGAAGGUCUCUUCCACGCAGACGGCCACUAUUUCCACGCGGAAAGCGUCCAGUGCAGGCAAGGUGCAAAAGGGAAACGUCAUCAGGAAAGUGGUCUCCAAGAAGACCAGCGCAACAGUUAUAAAAGGAUUAUCCCGCCGGCCAUCAAAACUCAAGACCCUUGUGGCUGCUGCCAAAGGUAAGACGGUCAAAGGGAGAGUGGUUUCAAACACAUCCACGACAGCAUUGAUCGAGAGGGAGAGUCCCAAGAGGACUGCGAAGACGCUGAGCAGAUCAUCGAGUUUGCGGGCGAAGGCUUCAAGUGUCAGAAGUCGAGUGGUGAGAACAGUUCGAGGAGCACCGAGUGGGAGGACCAGGAGCAUCCGGCCUGUUGUCGGUGCAGGUGGAGAUGAGAAUGUCGAGAUUUAA